UGUGGUUGACGUUUUACACGGUUGCAAUAAAUGACUAUGGGAUCAUAUGAAGAGUAUAUGCGAGCAAAGAGAAAUCGUGAAACUAUUGGCAGCGAAACUGUCUUGCUUUGGGGUCUUCGACUUUGGCAAAUCGUUGCAAUGGUUUUGACUGGACUUAUUAUUAUUACGGUUGGAUUUUGCUGCGUUUGUAAGUGCAGAAUACCAAGAAAAAUGAAGGAAAUCGAGGCGGAUCAUGAGAAAAGACAAACGUACAAGAAACAAAAGAUGAUGCGUGUCAGUCUCUCAAAUAACGGAGCUACGCAAUCUACCAGCGUAAUUGAUGAAGCCGAAACUGAGCGUUUCGUGAAGUCCAAACCAGAAAAUAUUGCGAAAUCAUCUCCCGCUCCAAUUCCAAAACCUCGAAACGGAAAUCUAACUUCUGGUACAGAAAAUGGAAGUAUUGUCAAAGCACCUUCGUCAUCUAUCAUUUGCGAAACUUCUUCGCUUUCUUCAUCACACGGAGAUUUGUAAAUAACUGAACAUGUAGGAAAUUGGAGACGACGUGCAUACUGUUGCAUUUCAUUAAGUAACGCAUAAGUCUAAUGCUCAAACAAAUUGUACAUCGUGCCCAUCCUCACUGUGGAUUGCGCCUCAUAUGCUUAGUCUAGCUACUGGUCUGUAGAUUUUUACCCAUUCUAAUUCAAAACUUUUCGUUUGAAGCCCUAUGAUUUGACUAUUUGAUCGGACAUAAUGCUUUAUACCUAAAUGCUUGGCAACUAUAGAAUGAAAUAUCUCGAAAAGUUACAUAAUACUUUCUGUUUAUCUCUAAUUAACCUAUCAGUCUAUUGGAAUAUUGUCAAAGUAAGGUUAUUGCAUGUAGACAUGCCUCGCUGUUGAAAUAAUCUAAAUUUAGUGCUUCUGCAUUUCACCCUAUUUCCAAGCAUGAGCUUAUAGUCUAUUAAGCAUUUUUACUACACUUCAAACGCCUGUCAUACCUGUUUCUUUUUGAUCAUUUCAAUGAUUAACAACUGUUUCAACAAUUGUUUCUGAGCAACUCAUUGUUACUUUGUCUAAUUUAAGAAGGGCGCGACUCUACGUAAUUGUUAACAAAUAUACUCACAUGCCACUACUGUAAA